CUGACGCAGACUUUAGCGCGACCUCACUCCGCUACGCACCUUUUUCCAUGUUUUCGCAACUUUAAUACGACUUAUUUCUCAGAGUUCUGAGUGCGUAAUCAUAUUUUGAUGGGAAUAGUGCGUUAUCAAGUGAUGUUUUAUAAUUUCUGUUGAUUAUAAACAGUACGUCAUAGGUCAGCCCACAUAUCUUAUCGUCUCUUUAAAUGUUUGUGCUUAAGUCCAGUGAAGUCAGUUAAAGCCAAGCAAGUAAUCGACAGACUGAUUGAGCAGUGUUUAACUAUUUAUUUAAGUCGUUUUGAAGCAAAAAUAACUGCAGUAUUUUAAUUUUAGUUUUCUUCUGGUGUUAUAGUGUUUACAUAUUAUUAUUAAAGAAUUUUCAAGUAUGCCUAUCCGUCGUAGUCAGUUGUUGGUGAAAUGGAUUUUCGAGAACCAGCACAAGCUGCGGACGGUGCGGCGCUGCAGCUCCUCGCUGCGGUACAAGGAGCUAGACGAGGCUGCCGUGACCGCGCCCGAGUACGCGCCGCCCGUGUACGACGAGCCUUGCCCUCACGGAGAACCUGAACAAUAUUUCAAGUAUGAAGAUUUACGCGUGAAAUUAGCAGCGCCGUACCAGCUGCAGCCCAAACCAGACGCUAAAGACCUCGGUUUCGGGAAAUACUUCACGGAUCACAUGCUCAAAAUCAACUACCAAGUACAAUUGGGCGGUUGGCAGAAACCAGAGAUCAUCCCCUUCGAAAACUUAAGCAUCCAUCCUGCUGCGAAGGCUCUUCACUACGCAAUACAAUUAUUUGAAGGAAUGAAAGCUUACCGUGGCGUAGAUGACAAAAUCCGGUUGUUCCGACCUGAUCUCAACAUGAAGAGGAUGAAUCUUGCAGCGCACCGCUCCGGCCUGCCGAUAUUCAAUGGAGAGGAACUCAUUAAAUGCAUGAAAAGACUCAUACAAAUUGACCAAGAGUGGGUGCCACAUUCUGAAACCUCCACUCUAUAUAUUCGACCAACGCUUAUAGGAACCGAGGCAACCUUUGGCGUGAUGGCGCCCGAGUCGGCGCUGCUGUUCGUCGUGCUGAGCCCGGUGAGCGCGUACUACAAGACGAGCACCGACGGCGCCGUGUCCAUCUUCGCGGACCCCAACGUGGUGCGCGCGUUCCCCGGCGGCGUCGGCAACAGGAAGGUGGGCUCCAACUACGGACCCACGAUAGAGGCCACGACGCGCGCCGCGCAGCUCGGCCACCAGCAGGUGCUGUGGCUGUUCGGCGCCGACCACCAGCUCACUGAAGUCGGCUCCAUGAACAUUUUCAUGGUCUACAUCAACGAGAAUGGGGACAAGCAGCUAAGCACGCCGCCCCUGAACGGGCUGAUCCUGCCGGGCAUCACGCGGCGCUCCAUCCUCGAGCUGGCCAGCCAGUGGGAAGACCUAGUCGUCAAGGAAGAGGUCAUCACCAUGGACACAGUCAUCACUCUAAACAAACAGGGACGGCUACUGGAGAUGUUCGGCGCGGGCACGGCGGCGGUGAUCAGCCCCGUCAGCCGGAUCGGCUUCCUGGAGAACAACGUCCACAUCCCCACCAUGCAGCAGGCCCAGCCCGUGUUCCAGCGCCUCAAGGACACGCUCCUGGCCAUCCAGUACGGCCACAUAGACCACCCCUACUCUGUCAUCAUCUCAUAGUGACGUGAACGUGAACUUACAACUAUAAGAUAAAAGACAAUGAAGUUGAUAAAUUACUGUUUACGGCUAAACAAAGUGUUUACAGUUUAAGACAAUCGCGGCAGGUACCGUCAAGUGAUUUGAACUUUAUGAUAGUUAAAUCGCUUUAUUCGGAGUUUAAAAGUAGUGUUCUAUUCAUAUACAUGGAACUGGUAUAGACACGUGCCGCCCAAUGUGCGUUACAAUGUAGUCUUGUUCAAUGGAAUUUAAACCUUUCUUAAACCAUACAAAGAAACAUUCCUUUUGUCUCGUUCAAUUUUCGGACAAAUGAAAUUCAACUCAGUUUACUAUGCAACUACAUUCAAACUUCCUUAAUAAAAUAUUGCAUGGUUGGAGGCACGUCGAUAGUCUGGACGAGUUAAAUAAUGACGUUGAUUCAUAAACGCGCUACAAGCCUCAAUUAGCUAAGGUAAGGCUUUCAAUACAAAAUACAUUAGCGAUUCAUGAUAAAAUGCAACUGUUUUUUGUAUAGAAAGCGAACCACCUUAAUCGUUUAUCUUAAUCUGUCAUUUUGACUUAUGUAUUUGUAAAAAAGGGAUAAACGAAAUGAACUAAUUGAAGCUCGUAAAGUUUUAUGACCAAGUCCAGAGCACUCUGCCGAUAAACCCGUCUCAAAGCUUAUACACGUUACGUGUAAUGUAAGCAACCUUUGAGACGCUCUGUGGCACGCGUUGUGUGAAUCUUUUUAUUUCUGCAAUCUCUAGGUUUUAACUUUGGAAUGCAAUUAGUAUUUUUGUACGCUUGGAUUGUGCAGAUGUUAAAUAAUUACGUUAAAUAAUUGUAAGAUACCCAUUCUAUUUAAUAUAGAUUAAUUUUAAUGAGCGCAUUCAGUGAAUUGUGUUCUCAUAACCCUUAUUGAUGAAACUAUGUCGAGACGGUUUGUUUCCAGUGCAAGUUCAACUACGAAACGAGUGCAGUUAUGUUUAAAGAAGACUUGUGUGGACAAUUAUUAUUUACGGGAUAGUAAAGAGAGUGACCUGAACUCUAUUUUCAUAUCACAGAAAAUAAAAUGACAAUUAUGUUGCCGAAUCUAAUUAAUUUUAUUAUUUUCAAUUUAUAAUGUAAUGUUUGACGAGCAUUAUGAGCAGAUAAACAUACUUUUGACGAAUUUAGCUAAUUUAUAGUGUUAUUUUCAUGGUGAAAUAAAGAAAUCAAAAUCUAAUCUAUACCUAUCUGUCAGGUUUUAUAAUAAAAUUACAGUUAGAUUCGACAGGCUGGGAUAUAAAAAUGGAGCUUCGAUUUAGCUUCAGUUGUACUUUUAAUUGUAUACUAAAUUAAUGUACAUACAAAACAAAGACUAAAGCGGGCGGUUAUUAUAUGCGAUAAACGCAGUGUCAAAGGCGAUGCGUUUGCCGCACACCCAUUUUAAAUCAGAUAAUCUACUGACCGUAUAUAAGCGCAUUGUCAUUUUCCCUGCAUUCCGAGAACGCAUGCGUCGAACGCUGCGUCUAUCGCGUAAAACAACCGCGCGCUUAAGAAGUACACACAUGAAAGCUAGAGUCAGACUAAGCUAAGUUGGCAGCGAUUUUGAUAUAUACUUCUAUGAAAUUAUGACAUUUAAACUUAGCUUGGUCUGACUAUAGAUAUGCGCGCCGGAAGAAACCCAGCAGGGCUAAGAUGGACGGCUGUCUAUCAUUUGUCACCAUACCUGUCACGCUCUAACAAAUAUACAAGUGCGAAGGUGAAAUUGACGCUGCAGGUUUGACAACUAUUAAGUGUUCAUAGGCAAAUAUUUAUUGUAUUUUCUAGUCUACUUCACGAGAAUCUGUACGAGUUUAUUAAAUAUUUAUAAAUAUACGUUUUUUUAAGA